AUGAUUGAAACGCAGCAACAAAGUCCAAUACUUUUCGAAAUUCCCGAAGAAUAUCAUAUAACGCAACCACAUCAAGAGCAACGGGUGCAAACACAGCAAACUCGGAUACCGAUCAACUGUGUCUACCAAAUUCUAGCAUACAUUGAUCAUGAUACAAGAACACUUGCCUCUUUAAUGCUCGUCUCAAGAAUGUGGGCCGAAGCAGUAGUUUCGAUAAUUUGGGCGAAUCCGUUUGUUUAUUUCAGCAAGCCUGGAAUCAUUGGCACGUAUAUUAGUUGUCUGGCAUCGAAAGAACGUAAAAAAUUGUGGCGAAAAGGAUUUCUGGUGGCGACAAAGAAAAGAAAACGACCGACUUUUAAUUAUGCGGUUUAUUUAAAAGAAUUGAGUCUCGGAACUUUAUUUGAAUCGGUUGAAAUUUGGAUCAGUAGACGACAUAAAGGUUGGGCUUCAAUCAAAGAUGCACCAAUUCUCUGGGAAGCAAUCUAUAAACUUUUACUUAGUCAACGAUCGAACCUUCAAUCCUUAUCACUCGACUGGGGAAAAAAAUCCAUUUGGCAACAGUACCCGAGACUAUUAGAAACUAGUCAUAAAAAUGCAUACUUGAAAUCAUUAAAGAAAAUCUCACUUCACUAUAUUCCCGAUUGGCAAAUGCUAUUAAAUCUACAUAAAUGUGCGCCACAAAUAGAAACACUUGAGGUUCUCGAUUAUGCAUUAUCUCCACCUCCUAAACGAAACGAAGAGAGAAUAUUCGCGGAAUUAAUGCUGGAAUUGAAGGCACUAAAAAACUUCAAAUUAUUUGGGUAUGGUACAUUUCCACAAAUAAUGCUUUCUUCCCUAAGUGCUCAAAUGCAUUCAUUGCGCUCCGUUGAAAUAGUUUAUGUAAAUUUUGACGCAAUCAAUGCAGAGGAAGAUGAUAACGAGAGUGAGGGUGGCAGUGGUGGAUCAUCAUCAGUGUUCACAGGAUUAGCGAAUUGUAAACAAAUCGAAGAAAUAGUGGUAAGAAAUUGUCAUUAUGCAAAAGAAGAACAUUUAGCUCCAUUGGCACAAGCCGAAUUUCCAAUACUACGAAAAAUUUAUAUCGACGAAUGUGAUUCUCCCUGGGACAAGAUAAUGGUUGCAAUGAUUGUGAAUAAUGUCUCUUCAUUAGAAACGCUUCAUUAUUGUCUGAGACGUCCGUUUUGGUGGCAACGCCCUUAUAGACCACCGUCUGAUUUGGCGGGUAUUUUACUGGGUUGGCUACGAAAAUUUCCGAUUUCUUCAGAAAAGUUGCAUGAUACUGCACUUGCUCUGUAUAAUCCUGAUUCAAGAUUGAAGGAAUUGAGCUUAUUUUGA